GUUUCCUCCUUCAUUAGAUGUGUUCUGGGCACCCACAGUGUAUCCCACUCUCAGUGGACCCUGGGAAUACCAACACAAAUAACAAUAGACCCUCGCCUUCCAAGAGGUAGAGUUUGGCUUCUGGGAAGGGGUAUGAGAAGGGCAAAACCUGACAUAAUCUGCUCAGGCCCAUGUUCCAAGUCACCCCACUGAACUUUCAAGUCCUGAGGGGGUGUGCUUACCUAGAAGGUGACAUUUCAAAUGAUGCAUGAGUAGGAGUUCGUGUGGUGGGGAAGCAAAGAGGGCACUGAUGGCCAGGGACAGUCUGUAGACCUCUUUGAGGAACUAAGGGGAGUGUGGUGUGAUCUCUUAGGGGAGGGAGACCGGUGUGGAAGGGAGCAUGUCUGGAAAGGAGGCCUUGAGGGCCACAGUCAGGAGCUUGGGCUCUGCCCUCAGGUCAAAGGGCCAGAGCUGGGUUUUGAAACAGGAGAGAGGCCUGCGCACUGAAUCUGGGCCACGCUCUGGCCACUGUGGUGUGGAGAGGGGAUUGGGGGCCAGCAUCUGAGCCCAAGGUGGAGGUGGCCUGGACUGGGCAGUGACAAUGGGGACGGAAGUAAGGGGACAGAUCCAAGAGACACGUAGGAAGUAGCGUCAGUGGGAUAUGGUGAGAGAUGGAGAAGGGGAUGGGUGAGGAAGAGCUUGGAGACCACCGGGAAGAAAGAACAGGCAAGAUGGAAAUGUGUGGAAGCUCUCUGAAACUGUUGAGGGGAUCACGCAUUGGCCCAAGCUGGGAUUUGGGGAGAAGCGGCAGAAGAUGCUAGUAAUGGCCACAGAAACCAGCCCAGGGGAUUCUCACGCCUCUCCUUUUGAAGACAGAUCAGUGAUGAAGUUCAUCAAGGGUACGGAUGGGCCUCUGUUCCAGGUGAGGGUUAAGGUCUGGGCAGCUCCUGCCCACAUUCUCACUUGCCCUACAAACAACCACUGGGGUAAAUAGGUAGGCUUGUGAAACCAUCUCCCCCAUUUCCAGAUGGGCGGACUGAUCCCGGAGAUAUCCAGCGACAUGGUGAAGGCCCUACAGUGUGAGGACUCUGGGGAGCACAGGCCUCUAAGAGGCCCAGCUCAAGGGGGAUUUUGCAAGUCUCUUGAGACCCAGAGGGAAGGACAAGGCGGGGGUCCCCUCUGAGCUGUUCCAAGCCACAGAGAAUUUCCUUUUAUUUGGAGGAAGCGGGAGUUCUUCUUUCGUAAUGUGAAUGUCAGAGAUUCUGGACCCACCGGUGACUAAGAGUGUCUGGGGCUCGUGGGUGUCGCGAAGUGCUUAAAUACUCGGCCCGCCUGUCAUCCGGUGAUUACAGACACCUGAGCUGGGACACAUAGGACAAGAGCAUGGCCAGCCCGAAGAUUCUGUUCCUGGCUGUCCUUGUCCUCCUUGCUAUGACACUUCAGGCAACUGAGGCAGGCCCCUACGGCGCCAACGUGGAAGACAGCGUCUGCUGCCGAGACUACCUCCGCCACCCCCUGCCCUCUCGCAUGCUGAAGUAUUUCUACUGGACUUCAGACUCCUGCCGGAGGCCCGGCGUGGUCUCCUGUGAGGACCACGAUUAUUAUCCUCAUUUCACAGAUGUGGAAACUAAGGGACGUGCUAACAAUGGCAGAGCUGGGCCAGAGGAUCUGGCUCCAAAGUUCAUGCUCUUGGCUCUCUUCCAAGGCAAUAUCAGCAAUGAUCACGAGACUCUUGGGCAUUCUAUUUCUUGGCCUGACCUGGCCCUCAAGCCUAGACGAAGAGUCCAGGAAAUUCUAGCUGCUCUUCUCCCCUCUCCCCGCUUGAGAACUUCCUUACGGUCAGGGACCGGGAGAUCUGUGCUGACCCCAGGCUGCCCUGGGUGAAGAAGAUUCUGCAGAAGAUGAACCCAUGAGAAAGGGCCCUGCCCUGAUGACCGUGGCCUUGGCUCCUCCAGGAAGGCUCACAGAGCCCCACCUCUCGGCUGUUACAGCCACCCCUCAACACAAGCCUGUGCCGAUGGAUCUCUCCGCAAUCUCUUAUCUCUGUGCCUGUAGCUGUCACCCUCCGAGGAGCCUCCACACUGUCACUCAUCUCCCCUCUUGUCCCUCUAACCCAUUCUCUGCCCCACCGCAGCCAGAGGGGCCGUAAUCCUGGUCAGUUACUCUCCUGCUCAAAACUCUUCCAUGGCUCCCCAUUGCCCCAAGCUGAGGUGAGAGCUCCUGAGCCUGGCACCCCUGUCCCCAGCCCUGCCUCAUUUCCCUUCACACGUGUUGGACUCCAGCUCCCUGUUGUCCAAAUCCGUGCCAUACAUGUCCACUUCCAGGUCUUUUUCCAGACUGGCACCUGACGCCCAGGAUGCCUCCCCACCACCUGUGUGUGUCCACCCCUACCAGCCCUCCGAGGCACUGCUCAACCCAAGCAGCCAGCAAUUGAGUUUUAUUUUUCAGAUGUCCCCUGGCCCUCUGUCCCCUCUUAAUAGCCUUGAUCAUGGUCUACCCAGAAUUCUCGGGACUUGGGGAACUCGUCCUACCGCCCCAGUGGCUGGAUCAAGGUCCCACACCUGUUACUUUGUCCAUUGGCCUUCAACGCAGAGCAUAGGGCCUGGCUCAGAAUCAGGGCUCAAUGAAUGGCUACAGACUGAAUCAAUAAAAAUAAUGUUCCUCUGCCAUGGCCCGUCCCCCAAAGGCCCUCGCACAUCAAUACAGAGACUCAAGUUCAUCUAGAAAGCAGCCAGUUGAGUCAAUUGUGAAACCUCAAAUUUACCCAGAUUCACCUCUCUUCCCCAUCUUACCUCUGUGUUGGGUUUUUUGACUCUUUCUGGUUUCCCUCUUGCUCCUCUAACCUCUGACACCCAGGCUUGACCGCUUCAGAGUUCCCCACUUUCCCUUUCUCCUUCCCCAAAUAACUGAUAACCAACUUUAUGCUACGGUGUGAAUGACUACCCUUGGCUUGAUAUUGCAAGCUCUAAUUAUAUUUCUGUAAGAAAAGAGGGCAAAUGCUUAAGAGGCCAAAGGGUUGAAUGGAAAAGUUUUAGGAACUGUUUGGGAGGGGGACGAGGUAGAACUUUCCUGGCCCUGGGAGUGUGUAGGGUAUAGUUAAGGGAAAGAGCCUUGGGUGGAGAUUGUUCUCAGCUGGGAGGGGCCAGGAUAAGGCCUGAGACUUGGGGCUUUUCUGCACUUCCUUGGGGACAACAGAUUCUCCAGGUCAAGGAAAUAAACUUUACACGUGCUCGUUUCUCUCCAAGGGAGCGUGGUGCAGUUUAGCAGGGUGGUUGAUGCUGUGUGAAUCUGAGGAGACCACUGACCCUCUCUGAGCCUCGCUUGAGAAUGAGAAGACCCAUAUUAUGGGGUUGCUGUGGGGUUCAGGUCCAAGACAUGGGGAGCAAAACUCAGUGUCUUCCAGGGCCGGGAGCCCAGGGUCAUCUGCCCACCGUGAACACUGAAAGUGUUAACCUGCCCACUGCCUGCGCAUAGGGCCCUCAAGCGUCCUGGGAUUGCUCUCCCCUCCUGUCCUGCCCCAGUUCCUCGGGCCUUCUGAAAAAUAAACCCUCUACCACAGUG